CGCACGUGGAACUCACCGCGUCUGUUUAUCCGCUUAUAAAUCCUGACAAAAGUAUGGUUUUCUUCACAUGCAACAUUUGCGGCGAGUCCGUUAAAAAGCCGGCCGUCGAGAAGCACUAUCAGACGCGCUGUCGCAACCAGGCAAAGAGCGUCUCCUGCAUGGACUGCCUCAAAGAUUUCUACAAUGAGGAAUACGUCGCUCACACAAAAUGCAUUUCGGAGGCGCAAAAGUACUCGAAUCAAAACUUUGUGCCCAAGGAGCCGAGGAACAAGAAUGCACAGAAACAGGAGAGCUGGAUGGACAUCAUACGCGCCAUUCUGGACAGCAGCGAGUAUCAGCUGACGCCGGCGCUCCGCAGCGCAUUCCAGCGGCUGCAGAGUGUCGACAAUGUGCCCCGCAAGAAGGCCAAAUUCGAGAACUUUGUGGGCAACUGCAUGCGCAUGCCUCGCCAGCAGGCCACGCAGGUCUGGGACAUACUCGAGCAGGAGCUGAACAAAAUGAAGCAGGCCAAACAAGACGAGUUGGCAGCAGCUAAGGCAGCUAAGGAAGCCGAAGCCAGCAAAGUGGAGACCAAUGAUGAAGCGCCGCCCACGAAAAAGUCAAAGCUGGAAACAACUGAAUCAAACGGAGCAGCUGACGAAGAGCUCAACGAAUUCGAUUGGGCUGUGCAGCUGUUGAAACUAGUUGCCAAGCAGCCUGAUGGCAUUUUCCAGGAGAAGCUGAAGAAGAAGCUUCUCAAAAAGUACACAAAACACUUGGCCCAAACGGAACUGACCGAGAAGCAGGCAAAGAAGUUCGACAAACGCUUCGAUAAGCUGCUCAAAAAAUGCGAUGCACUGCACCUGGAUGGGGAUCUCGUUAAGCAGUGUAGCUAAAUUUAAGUCUCUGUAAAUAUAAUAUUUAAUAAUAUAGACUGUAAUCAUAUAAACAAAAAUCAAAUGUGUUAGCAAAAAUAACUCUGCCGUGAUUUAUAUGUCAGAUGAAGGACUUGUCCAGUUGUACCAAUUCUUAGUUGUCAAGAAGAGGCUUUUAGCUGUUCCACAGCAAUCUGUGGAGCUGUGAAGCUGAACCCAGGCUGACCUCCAAGCCACAAGAUGUUCUAUUGCAAAACCAUAACAGCAGCAGGAGAAAACUAUAUAAGCCUAUUGGUUCAUCAUUUGUCGUUGCCACAAUAAAUCCAGCAAUCCAAAACAGUUUAUUUAUUUUAAUUCACUUAAAAAAUAUAAUAAAAUAAAUACAAAAUGCAAAA